AUGGAAAACAAAGAUGAACAUCAGGAAGGAGAAAGUGGACUUUUUUGUAUAGUUAACUAUUCGGAGGAAAAUAAUGAAGAUGUAGCCAGAAGUAAUUUAGAGGAAGGAGUUGAUGAAGUAGAUAUUGGUAGUCCCACUUCGAUUACAAAAAGUUCGGUAUCAGAUUCAUACUCUUCAGUGAGUUCAUCACCAUUUAUUUCUAUUUCAACAAAAUUUUCUGGAUCUAUUCGCACAGAUUGCAGCAUCUCUCAAAUUUCCCCGGGAUUAGAUUUGGAACCUUACUUUUUUGGAUCAUCAUCAGAAAGUUCGAUACCUACUUUUCCAACAAAUAUAGACUCUGGCUCCAGAAAAUCUCAGUUUUCAACGAAUAUAUUAAAAAAAGAGGAAUACCAAAAUGAAUGUAUGAAUGGCUUUUCACUAAAUACUUCAGAGAAAUCGCUUGAGGAGCUUUUGUCUGAGAAUCUGACGAUUAAUGGAAUAGUAAUGAAGAACUUGAAUGACUUAGUAUCUACGUAUUCAGGAGAUCUUCUUUCUGAGUUAAUAAAGUUAGACUUAAAGUCUAUAGUGGAAAACUUAUUUGGAAUUUACUCAAAAGAAUAUUAUGAAAAGAGUCUGCCACUAAUUUGUUCUUUUCUUUCAAUCCUUCUUGAGCUUUCGUUCAAUGAAAAUAAACUAAAUGAAUUAAAUAUACAAUUGUGGACUUUUUUUGAAUAUAUUAUGAAAGAGAUAUUACAAAUUUUCGAUAUUAAAGAAGUUUAUGACCUUCCACUGAUUCCAGUGGUUUAUUGGAUGAUAGAGAAUUGGAAUAGGUAUGACAUAUUUCUAACUUUUAAGCAUGACCAAAAAGAUGAAGAGGCCAUUAUUAAAGGUAAACUAAAUGGAAUCCUUUUUUCCCUACAUAUUAGGAAAGAUUUAGAAGCUCCUAGUGCAGUUUUAGAAUAUUAUUUCAGAUUAAUACUAGAUUAUAGGCCUACCGAUGCAUUUCAAGGGUGUAUUUUAUAUGUAAUAAAGUCCACUCAAUUCCUAAUAAAUUACUUAUUACUAUCUGACGAUGUUAACUUUUUAGAAGUAAAUUAUAGAGGAAUUAUUGAGAUUUUCAACAAUUUUGAUCAAAAUAGAAUACAAAUCUUUUCUAGAACACUGGACGUUUUAAUCUCGAAUUCAAACCCAGAUCAAAACCAAAGCCAAAUCCAAGACCAGGUAGAGUAUUUAGCUUGCAUUAAAACCAUCCCAAUUUACUUCUUUUUAGCUUUCUUCCUGAUAAAAUAUCCGGAACAAAAUACUAUCCAAAAAAUUCUCUUGGAUAUCAUCACUUCAAUAUGCGACAGUAAUUCACUAGAAUUCGAGCAUAAAAAGCAAUCAAUUAUACACAUAAUUAAUUUAAUAUUAUAUUCAUGCAAAAACACAUCAUCUGGCGGGACAUUUGACAUGUCAGUAAUGGAUUUAUUAUUGGAAAUAUUUAAUUUAGAAGUAUGGAAAUACUUGGAUAGGCCCAAAACUUUGGAAGCUUUAAAUUUGUUGGAUGAAAUUAUAAGAGAUUUGACAAAAAGACUAAGAUUGGGUGAUUGUUCAAAAAACGAGUUUGAGGCAAUUUCAGGAUUAUACAAGUUGCAGAGCAUAUUACUGGUAGGUACUAGUGACAGCUUCAAAAACAGAGAUGAAAAGAGAGGUAAGGAGACUUAUAGUGAAUAUGGAGAGAAACCAAGUGAGAAUAGUUGGAAGUCUAGGCUGAUAAAUAACUAUUUGACUUUAAAUGAAAAGGACAAAAGAAUAAGAAAUGUUGGAAAUACUUGUUAUUUAAAUUCUACAAUUCAAUGCCUGGCAUUGAGUUACUAUUUCUUGGAAUGGCUUCAUGAAUACAUGAGAAACAAUUUCUCAAAACCAAAUAAAUUAAUCCUUUAUCUUUUUGAAUCUCUGAGUUAUUUAUUGGAACCGAUAAAAAAAGAUCGAAAAUAUGACAUAAUUGGGAAACUUUACAAUAAUGAUGAUGCUAAGUCAAUAGAUAUAAGGUUUAUUAGAGAGAUCUCAGACCAGUUCAGUUUCGGAAAACAACAUGAUGCUUGCGAAUUUUUAAGAUAUUUAUUAACAAAUAUUGAUGAUGAUUGCUUACCUUUUAUGAUGACAACAGAAGAUUUUGUUGAAUGCUUGUCUUGUGGAGUAAUCCAAUCUAAAGAAAGUUAUUCAUUGUCCAUAAUUGAUUUGUACGUUUUUAAUAACACCCCAUUUGGAUCAUCUAACAGAGAAAGUUUUAACCUAAAUAAUGACACAAUAACUUUAGAUUCUCUAAUUAAAAGUUACUUUUCAGCAGAAAAAAUUCCAAACUCUCUUGAUUGUGACCAUUGUCAACAAAAAAGUGCUUCCAAAAGGUGGAUUUCAUUAAAGAAUCCCUCCAAGUACGUUGUUUUGGCAAUUCAUAACUACUAUUGGGACCGAAAACUAAAUAAAGCUAUAAAACAAACACAACUUAAAAUAAAGUUUAAUGAUUUCUUCAUACUAAAUAAUCACAAAUACAUCAUUUAUGCUCUAGUUUUUCACAAAGGAGAAUCUACAUCCUCUGGACAUUACUUUGCUAUAGGAAGGAAACACUUUUAUGAUAAUUAUAAACAAAAAAAUCCGAAUUGGUUUAAUUAUAAUGACAGCAUUGUAUCAAACAUUGAGUCAUUCUAUCAGGUUCAAAAAUCUAGUGAAAAUCCUUUUCUUAUUUUUGCUUUGCUAGCGGAUAAUUAA